UUGUGUGAUUUAUAUCGAUUAUUAACGUGAAAGUGAAUAAUUAUUGACGUGAUAAAGUUGAUAAUAAGCGGUGUGAUAAGGAUAAGUGACGUCACAACGGACAGGUUUCUUUGUUCUGUGGAGUUUAAAUUAUAGUGGUUGAGAUUUUGCACCUGUGAAAUACCUUUUGUGGACCAAGGACUUUAUAAUUGAAUAACAACGAAUGGUUGAUACGAUAGUUCGACUCUCCCGAGGUCAUUGGUUCGAUUCCCAGUGUGAUCCGUGCUAUAUCUUCGUGUUAUGCCUGGUGGGCGCUGCGUGUGCGCAGUACGAGGACGAGCGAGCGCCGCGGUACAUUGCUGACAAGCCCACCUCCACGCCCGUGCCUAUCCUCAAGCAAAUUAAUAGACAUAACGAGGAUGGAUCCUACACGUACGGCUAUGAGGCUGCAGACGGCUCCUUCAAGAUCGAGACCAAGGCACAAAACGGAGAAGUGAAAGGGAAGUACGGUUACAAGGACGAUACUGGCAAGUUGCGCGUGAUCGAGUAUGGAGCAAACAAGUAUGGAUUCCAGCCAGCGGGUGAAGGUAUCACAGUGGCGCCCCCUACCUUGGUUGAUGAGUCCACCAGGGACGAAGGCCUCAGACCUAGCAAGACGCAUACACAAGGUCGUUCUCAAUACCGCGCUCCGCCCCAGCAGUCAAUAGACUACGACUACGAGGAGCCGGCCCCGGCGCCCCGCCCGGCGCCCCGCCCGGCGCCCCGCCCGGCGCCCCGCUCACAGCCCGCGUACAGGGCCCCGGCCCCGGCGCCGGCGCAGCCUGCCCCACAGCAAUACAGAGCUCCACCGGCUCCACAGUAUAGACACCAGUCGCCUACUCCGCCUAAGCCAACAUUCUUCGCGGGCGCCGCCCCCGCCCCUGCACCCGCUUCCCCAGCCCCCUCAGCGUUCGACAACGACUUCUUCCGACCAGCCCCUCAAGCCCAAAGACAGCACAAGCAACAGGACUUCAGACCAGCGCCACAGUUUGCGCCAAAACCUCAGAUUGAAUAUGCUCAGGAAUAUGAGCCCGCUCAGCCGCGAUUCGCGCCAUCGAACAAUUUCCAGCAACGGAGCCAACCCUUCUCUAUGCUGGACCAGUUGCUGAAAGAAUAUGCCCUCCCCCAGGGCGGGGCAGCCCCCCUCCACGACAUAACCUUUGGCUCCUAUUAGGUUAAGACAAACUCAUUUGUAAAUAUGUAGAUUACUUUUUAUUAGAAAAAAAAAUAUAUAUUUUGUAGUCAUUUCAUCAUUCACCUGAACCUAUUGAAUCACACGGCGUGCACAGAACCUUCAUUCAUUUCACUUUAGCGUGUUUCCGAUUACAUUCAAGGCUGUGACG